AUGCCACAAUGGAUCCCCCCGGCACAAUUCCUCGCUAUCCAACUCCUAACCGGCACCACUGUCGCCUUCACUCCGGCUAACUCUCCCCUCCGAUCAAUCGCCUCCCUCGUCGUACUCAUCCUCGCCUACUGCAUGCAAAUUAGCGCAAAUGCCCACCUCCACGGCACCCGCUUCGGCGCUCCGCUCGUCGCAAUGUGCUGGAUGAAUCAGAAACCGACCUCCAAAGACAAAUCGCCACAUGAACCACAAACGAAAUCGCUCAUAGAUAAAUAUCUCUGGUCCCUAAACCUCUCAUUCAACUACCGCCGCAUCAACACCCCCUGGCAAAUCCACGCCCUCACCACAUUCAACAAAACCCCCACUCGGACACGAUUCCUCCUCACCUCCCUCCUCAAACUCACCAUCUCCAUUGCGAUCAUCCAACUCUUCACCCUCGAGACCACCGAUCCGUAUCUCGGCCGCGCAGUGGAUAAAUUACCCGUUCGGCCGGACGAGAUCCUCCUCCCGUUUCGGUAUCACGUUGGCUGGGGGAAAGAUGAUCUUUUUCUCCGGUUCCUCUUCACUCUCUCCUUUGGGAUCGUAGCGCGCGCAUUCAUCGUCACGGGGUAUACCGCUGCCGCGGUGGUGGCUGUAGCAUUGGGCCAGGAGCCGAGUAUGUGGCCGCCUGUUGGGGGUGGAUUGCUGGAUGCGUGGUCGAUUAGGAGGUUCUGGGGAAAAACAUGGCACCAAACCCUCCGCCAACUCCUUUGCUCGAACGCGGAUUUCGUCUCGGGCUCUAUCCUGCGCCUUCCGGUCCGAUUCCAGUGGUGCUUUCGAGUUAUUUUCGCGUUCCUUGUUUCGGGAUUAGUGCAUACGGGCAUGGAUGUCGGGUUCGGGGUACGGAUUGAUGAGAGUGGGGCGUUGUGGUUCUUCGCGUUGCAGAUUCUGGGUGUAGCCGGGGAGAUGCUUGCUGAGAGGUUGUUGGCUCCGGUGAGUGUGUUCUUGUCGAGGGGGGUUAGGAGGGGAGUCGGGUUUGUUUGGGUUGCGGUCUUUAUGCUCUGGACUUUGCCGGUGUGGAUUUAUCCGAUUCUGGUCCAGUUGUAUGCGGAUGGGGUGCGCAUGAUGAGUCCGUUUUUGGGGCUGGGGGGUUGGGAUGUUUGA